AUGAUGAACUAUAAAAGAAUCAGUUUAUUAUUGCUAUGGCUUACCUUAGCAGUUAAUGGCUUUCCUCUAUAUGAUGGCAUUGAACUAGGUUGGUCUUACCCAACUAAUGAAACAGUUUCUUUUAACCUUUCAGUUCCUGUAAGCCUCAUUGAGCAAAAUGCUAUUUCAUUUCUAUUUCUAGCUAUUAGACCUACGAAUCAGGCUACAAAUUCAAGCUACAUGGACGUAGUAUUGGUAAAUUUUACGAAUGAUUCAAUUGAAGAUGAGUUUCCAAACGAAAGAGGGUUUCCUCAGCUGGACAAAGAAUUAAAUGGGACUGACGAUUUAUUCGAUAAAUCUGCAGAAAUUGCAGGAGAAAAUAAAUAUUUCACCUGGAGUCGAAACUUUUUUUCAAACGAUACAAAAGACAUCAGCUUGAUUCCUGGGCAAUUAUAUGCACUUUUAUGGGUUUAUGGAAAUAUUAGUGCAAAUUGAACAUUCACGAUAACUAAAUCUGGAUCUCAGCCUAUAACGUUUCAUAAUAGUAGAAUUCUUUAUGGCGAAGAUAAAGGCCCUAUGGGCGAUCAUCACGGAGGUAAUCAAGGUGAUCAAGGUGAUCAUGGUGAUCAUAGAGGAGAUGGAGAUAAAAAUAAUAAUGAUACAGAUCAAGCAAAUGGUAGUGGUUUUCAAGAUAAUGAUGACUAUGACUUUGACGAUGAUGGCUACCAAGGCAAUAGUGAUGAUGAUUCUGAUAAUGAUUAUGAUUAUGAUGAAUCUGGAAAUAAAACCUUGAGAGUAAAUCCACUUCUAUCCGGAUCAAUUGAAAGAUUUCUAAUGCCAAUAUGGAUUCUAUCAAUAUUUUUAGUUUAA